GUGUCCCCGGAGGUCUCCGACCAUAAGAAGUUCUUUGCUCUGGUGGGCCUGAAGGCCAUGACUCCUGACAAUGUCAAGAAGGUGUUCCAGGCUAUUGAUGCUGACCAGAGUGGAUUCAUUGAGGAGGAGGAGCUCAAGUUUGUGCUGAAGAGUUUCGCUGAGGACGGCAGAGACCUGACCGACGCCGAGACCAAAGCCUUCCUYAAUGCCGCCGACAAGGACGGAGACGGAAAGAUCGGCAUCGACGAGUUUGAAGUCUUGGUCCAUGAGGUGUAAAGAGCACCUCUAGUCUCCCCCUUUCUCCUCCCCUGCGAAUUCAUGUUUUAAAUGCAAUCUCCCCCCUCUAAGCCCCCCUCCCUCCCCAUCAUCACCCAAAAAGCACAAUCCAGUCCAGGGUGAAGUUUUCUCUCGACACAGAUCUAGGAUCACCUACCCCAAUCCUAACCUUAACCAUUAGUGGGGUAAAAUGCCAACUGACCCAAGAUCAGCGUCAAGGCUACUUCACCCUACACCGCACAGGCCCAGUCUCUCUAACCGAAACAGUACCAGAGACGUCCACCAGGGGGAGGUAGAGUGGGGACUACCCAACAAGCACUUCUGUAUUUAUCUGUAUGUUUUUCUACUGUACCAACAUACUGUAUAUAUGUUCUGUUUUGAUUUGAAAAUGUCAUGACUGUCUCAUUUUAAAAGAAAACCUUUACUGUAGAUAUAAUGUACCAGAAACCUUCCCUUUCCUCCCUAGCCGUCUAUGGACCCUAUGUCUCCUUGCCCAAAUGGCACCCUAUUCCCUUUAUAGUGCACUACUGACAAAAGGGAAUAGGGUGCUAUUUUUAAUAGUGUGCCAUUUUUGGGGGACUGAACCCUAUACAACCUGUGUCUCUCAUUCUUUAUUUUUUCCACCUCACACAUACUUGUACCCUCCYUCCUUUCCUCCCUCCCUCCAUUCCUUCCUCUCUCGUCUGGUGAUGAGAUGUAUAAAUAAAGAGGUAGAGUGGUGAAGAGAGAGAAAUGAUUCAAAKUAAGAAAUAAUAAGAAAUAAAACACCUUGAGUAAAA